ACGUCACAGGGAGUCUCCGGUGCUGCAUGUAAACAAAGCGGAGCUAGCAGUGGUGCUAACGGCUAGCAGCGGCAGCUCCAAUGAAGAUAAACGGACUUUAAUCCGAACCGAACACAGCUGAUCCGGAACCCCGAGUCUGAGGAAUGGACUGAAUCAGAACCGCCACCAUGUCUAUGGAAGACCCGUUCUUUGUCGUCAAAGGGGAGGUGCAGAAGGCCGUGAAUGCAGCUCAGAGCCUCCAUCACAGAUGGCGUGAACUCCUGCAGGAAGGAGGCGGAGCCUCCAAGGAGGAGAUCGACUGGACGACCAAUGAGCUGAGGAACAGCCUGCGCUCCAUCGAGUGGGACCUGGAGGACCUGGACGAGACAAUCAGCAUCGUGGAGUCGAACCCGAAGAAGUUUAAUCUGGAUGCAGCCGAACUGUCGAAGAGAAAAGCUUUUAUCACCAGCACCAGGCUGACCGUCAAGGAAAUGAAAGAACAAAUGUCGAGUCCAGCUGCUGCCUCUGCCGACAGAAAGAACAGACAGGCUCUGCUUGGUGACCACGGCGCCCAGGGCCCCAUCUGGCAGCCCGGUCCUGAUAAAUACAGCCGCCUGGACCGGCAGCUGCAGAACGCCAACUCUCAGUUCAUCGAGGAGCAGCAGGUGCAGCAGCAGCUGAUCGCGGAGCAGCAGGACGAGCAGCUGGAGCUGGUUUCUGGAACCAUCGGAGUUCUGAAGAACAUGUCGGAGCGGAUCGGCAUGGAACUGGACGAGCAGGCAGUGAUGUUGGACGACUUCAGCCAUGAGAUGGACAACACUCAGUCCCGUCUGGACAACGUGAUGAAGAAACUGGCCAAAGUGUCUCACAUGACCAGCGAUCGUCGGCAGUGGUGCGCUAUCGGCGUGUUGCUUGCCAUCCUCUUCGUUGUCAUCCUCCUCUUCUUCAUCCUUUGAUUGAUGCCUCCUGCUGUCACUGAAAAUUCAUCCUAAUCCAGUGUCUGCUGGUCUCUACUGGACCAGACUGGACUUUACUGUGCUGAACUGUACUGGACUCUACCUGACUCACCUGGACUCACCUGUAUUCUCCUGGACUCACCUGUAUUCUCCUGGACUCACCUGUUUUCUCCUGGACUCACCUGUUUUCUCCUGGACUCAUCAUGACCCUGGACCCUCCUGGACUCUCUUGGACUUUCUUGGACUCUCCUGGACUCACCUGGACUCUGCUGGACCCUCUGGACUCACCUGGUCGGCCUCCUGGUUGGUGGAACUGAAAAGGCACUUUUGGUUUGUUGACUGUUAAAUUGGUUUCAGAGGUCAAAGGUCAAACCAGUGGAAACACGUUUGAUGUGUUUUAAUGUUUUGCGUUUUUUUUUGUUUGGAUUUUUAUUUCAACAUCUGAAAAUAACCAGUUCCACUCCAAUUUAUCUUGACUAUAACUGCAGUCUAGCUUGAGCUUAAUUCCAGUUUAGCUUAAUUUGAACUCCAGUUCAGCUUGAGUUUAACUCCAGUUUAACUUGAGUUUAAUUCCAGUUUAGUUUUACUUUAGCUCCAGUUCAGCUUUAGUUUUACUCCAGUUCAAUUCCAUUAUAAUUUCUAGUUUAACUUCAAUUAUCUCCAGUUUAACUUGACUUGAACUCUGGUUCAGCUUGAGUUUAACUCCAGUUUAACUUGAGUUUAAUUCCAGUUUAGCUUUACUUUAGCUCCAGUUCAGCUUUAGUUUUACUCCAGUUCAAUUCCAUUAUAAUUUCUAGUUUAACUUCAAUUAUCUCCAGUUUAACUUGAAUUGAACUCUGGUUCAGCUUGAGUUUAACUCCAGUUUAACUUGAGUUUAAUUCCAGUUUAGCUUUACUUUAGCUCCAGUUCAGUUGUAGUUUUACUCCAGUUCAAUUCCAUUAUAAUUUCUAGUUUAACUUCAAUUAUCUCCAGUUUAACUUGAAUUGAACUCUGGUUCAGCUUGAGUUUAACUCCAGUUUAACUUGAGUUUAAUUCCAGUUCAGCUUGAGUUUUACUCCAGUUCAAUUCCAAUUUAAUUUCAGUUUAGCUCCAGUUUAACUGUGUUUCAACUCUAUUUGAGUUCCAGUUUACCUUCAGUUAACUCCAGUUGAACUCGAGUUUAACUCUGGUUUAACUCAGGUUUAUUUUUUUAACUUGAAUACCACUUUAAUCACCAUGUCUUCAUCAAUUUUAAGUUGUGGUUGGUUCAGGUUGAACUGGUUCCUAGAAACUCUUUUUAAAGUACAAACACUAAAACUUCCUGUUUGUUGUUAGUUUGUUUACAGUUUGUUUUUGUUGACUGAAAACUUUUUUUUUUUGUUCUGAUCAUGUUUCCAGCAGAUCGAUCAGACUUAUUGAUCAGACGUUUUAAUGUGAAAUCCUACCACACACUUUUCGCUGCUGUUUCACAGUAAAAGCCUGUAAGCAGCGAUAGAAGGCUUUUAUUGUGAAGAUUCCCACAUCAUUAGGUUCAUGGUACCUAGCAGUGAUGUGUCACAUGACAUCUGCGGCCAAUCAGAUGUCAGGAAUGAAAAUGUUUGCUGUUCGAACAAAAUCAGAUCAGACUGAAAAAAGUAAAGGAGAUAAACAAGAUAAAAACCUGCGAUGUUCUGAGUUUUAACUUGAAAUCCAUCCAGUCGUCUACAACAUGGAACAGUUUCCGUCUAGAAAUUAAACUUCAAUCAUGUUUCUUCACAGAUUGGCACAAUAAUAACUAUAAUAUUAAUAAUAAUAUUAAUAAUAAUAAUAUGGGAUGUUCUGAUCUAAUCACGAUCAAUCGAGUCUUUUUUUAACUGAUCAGGAUCAAACCUCAGUCUGAUCUUUGGUUUACAUCUGGUGUUAUAAAGGAGAACAUACUUUACCCCCUAACACUACAUUUACCCCCCCAACACUACAUUUACCCCUAACACUACAUUUACCCCUAUUACGUUAUUUACCCUCUAGCCCUACAUUUACCCUCUAACUCUACAUUUACCCUCUAACACGACAUUUACCCCUAUUACGUUAUUUACCCCUAGCCCUACAUUUACCCUCUAACUCUACAUUUACCCCCCUAACACUACAUUUACCCUCUAGUACUACAUUUACCCCCUAACACUACAUUUACCCUCUAACACUACAUUUACCCCCUAACACUACAUUUACCCUCUAACACUACAUUUACCCCUAUUACGUUAUUUACCCUCUAACACUACAUUUACCCCCUAACACUACAUUUACCCCUAUUACGUUAUUUACCCCCUAGCCCUACAUUUACCCUCUAACUCUACAUUUACCCUCUAACACUACAUCUCAGAUUCCACCUACAGUAUCACAGACAGUCGGUUGUCAGACUUCGUCUACUUGAAUUGUUUCUCAUCAGGAAAACGGUGUCAGAUUGUAACUGCAGAUACUAAAUAAAUUACUGGGAUCAGAUCUGGGGGGAAAACGUGAUCAGGACAUCCGUAGUAAUGAUAAUAUUAACAGUAAUAAUAUUAAUAAUAAUGGCAGCAGAAGUGAUCAGUGGCAGAGUUUGAAGUGAAUGAAUGAAGACUUUCAGUUUGCAGAGGAACUGUGUUAUCGAUCGGUUUGUUAUUGAUGAAUGGUGAAAACUGUCUGAGUCAUCGUCAUUUAGUUUUUGUGUCUGCAGGUGAAUAUUUCAAUAAACUCCAGAUAAAGAAAAACA